AUGAACCACACUGCACCAGCCUUCACCACUGACACCCCAACCCCCCGACCCGACCCCGUAAACCCAAACCCCAACCCCAAUCCCAACUCCACCACCGCACCCCAAACCUCCACCAACUACAGCCAACCCUCGCAUACAUCCCCACCCAUCACCCACCUACCCACAGAACUCAUCCUCCAAAUCAUCCAACACGUACCCAUCGACCACCUCCUCGACUGGCGUCUCGUAUGCCGCACCUUCCACAAUGAAAUCAACAACCACAUACUCCACCACCACCUCCACAACACCCAACUACUCGGCUAUCUCGGCCCCCAAACCGCAAAACCCAUGCUCUGCCUCACAGACGCUGAAUACGACGCCCUCCACCUGCUGCGCGCGCACUUUUCGCACAUGCAGCACAGCACCCAGGAUGCCGAGGCGCGGGGUGCAAAGCCCGUGUGGAGCGCUCACCACGCCGUCUUCCGGGUCGAAGAACAGUGGUUUCGCGACUUUGAGACGCUUCGCUUGGCCGAGCAUCUCGAGGCUCAUGAUGCGCCGGCGCUGUGGUGGCGGGCGUUGCAUAGGUUGGAGCUUUUGGUUGGGGAUGAGGGGGUUGGCUCGUUGAGAUGGUGUGUUCGACUCGGGCAUGGGGUUUUUGAUCUGGCGUUUCCGCUUCAGACUGGACGGAUGCCGUUUUUCUUUGCGUUUAGUUUGGGGCGCGGGGAGAUUAGGGUGGCGUGGCGGGAUAUGAUGGUUGGGUUUCUUAGGAACGAAGGUUGUCUUCGGCGUCUGGUCCACGAGCAACGAGCACAAAAUCCCACAUCAACAAUCUCCCCGCUCGCCGAUAGCCUACGCUUCCUCCGCAACAAACGCCUCCAAGCCGGCCUCAAACCCACCAACAAACAAAUCACCCUACCCCCCCAUCCCUCCAAACUCCCAACCUCACCCCCAACAUGCCAAUCCCCCUCCCCCUCACCCCUCCCCACAGACCCCACCUCCCUACCAACCCUCCUCCUCCUCCGCCGCCACGCCGCCAUCUCCCCCACCCAGCUAGCCCACCUCCGCCAUCUCGCCGCCGACUACGCCGCCAUGACACACGACCUCGACCUCGUCGACGCAGCAUUUGCCGCCUUUAGGUCCCGGUUUGGGGUUCCCGGGCGGCAGCAGUGGGAGGAUGGAAUCGCACGUAUUAGCUUGGCUUGA